AUGGACGGUGCGAAAAUGGACUCCACGAAUGCCAUAUGGACAAUUCCUGUGAAAUCAGCUUGUACGGAACAGAUCUUCGGUUUGCUGGUGGAGCUCUUGGGCUGCCCAAAUGAAGGAUGGGCGAAGAGUGCAUACUAUGGACUAUUGGAUUUGCUCCAACAUGGUACAGAGAAGCAGAUUUUACACGGUAUCAAAGGUGGCAUUCAUGCCUUUCGCAAAUUGUUCUCCUCCAAUCCACAUUGUUCAUACACAUGGGACGGCUUUGUUGCGGGUCUGGAUCUAUUUGAUCGUCUGUUAAGUUAUAGCACAACCGUCGGAAAAGUCUGUGUUGAUUCACUGCACCUGUUGCUCGUACCGGUGGCGUGUUUGUACAAACAACGUCGAGACAGUGGUGGGGUAAUUUCAUCAAAAAACAGUUCGCAGUUGGUUAACAAUUCACCCGACAAGCUUCGGAAUGCUGACGAGAAAAAGAGUCAUGCUGUUGCUUACUCGAGGCACAUGACUUCGCACAUUCACAGUUCCCAUAGAACUAGUAGGUUGUUAAAAAUGCCGUUUGAGCCUACAUUCUAUGACUGGCUAAGACGCGUGGAAGCGACCGUGGUUUUAAUCUUUGGACAAUGGUCAGUUGAGCAUUGUGAUACCUUAAAACAAGUCAAACGACGAUUUCCCACAUACGACAGCUGCCAACAAGCACCUACAUGCACUAAAUUUGGAGGAAAACGAAAGUCACAAAACAAUACAUUCGGCAGGCAACAGCGAUCUGUUAAGGAGCCAUCGUGCAGUUCAGCAAGGAUGAAAAAGCCUAUGAAAAGACAGUGCGGUUCGUAUUGUAUUUCCAAAGAUAGUAGAGAUAAACACGGACCUAUACUAUGUUUCACUGGUCCUCCAGAGGAACGAUCGGGUAUGGCGCCAAACGUCGUCUUUGCGGAUAAUUUCAAUGAAACUGACGCACAGGCAACAGGCAUGCCCAUGAUGAAAGGUGCACGGCAGACAGGUUGUACGAAUCAUUUAGUGGAAAACGGGAACUCUGAUAAAGAAGAGAUAAUGUGGCUGAGACAGCGAGCAGUUAGCAUCGUUGGUCACGUAUUGCGUCGCUUGGAUGCUUCACAGAUAAUGACUGAAGAGCAACGGCGCUUGUGUCGCAUGCAUCUGGUGUCCAGCACGAUGAAGGAUGUUUCUAGUACAGCUGAAUUGUCAACAACUGCUAAUCGAUGGAGUCCGGAAUUUGAGGAUGCGUGUGAUGUCAUACCCAUGUCCGAAUUAGCCGUAAGCCAAGGAUGUUCGAUAAACCCCUCUGCAAAAGCACAUAUACAAAGGAGGAGUUCUGAGGAUAAAGCCAUUAUAGAAGAACUGGAGUGGGACUGCUCUAACCGUGCCAUGGAAAUUACAGAUGAACGUUCAGGGGAGGUAGGCAGCAGUGACGAAGCGGACAUUUCUUGCACGGUAGAAUCCUCGUCGCUUAUUACCGAAUUCUCUGGAGGAAUAUGCUCUCAUUUGGUUGAGAACCUAACGGAAAAUACUGAGAGGCCACUUGUUUUGCCUAGUGAAUUCAGUGGCGGAGUCCCCGAAGUUCAAACCUGCCAGUAUGCUGUGAUCGGGAGCGCGGAAUGCUUCGAAGCAAACAGUGAUGUUUCACAGAUGCUGACUCAAUAUACUCCCACAUUAGAAUGGAAAAUUUUGAGGAAACAACCAUACGAGCUUCAGUUAACAACAGAACAUACGCAGCACACUCAUGCCGGGAGACAAGUAUCAACAUUUGCAAAGGAUGCAAUUAAAACAAAACCAAUGUUUGGUAUGGUGUGGAAAUCAAGCAAUGAAAAGAGCUCAAUAAGCAGUGGUUUUCAAGUGUCCACAAAAAUGGAGACAGGACAACAAUCGAAACCAACAGACGCUGGAAGUGAAUAUGUUGCGCGCUCCUCAAGAUCUGAGAUAGAAGAUGGCGUCACUGAUGAUUCGAAGCAGGAUGGAUUGCUAGGGAAGACGUCCAAUGGGGAAAACUGCACACACGACACAUUCAAGGCAAAUUCUGAAACGAGUGCCAAGAAGGCACAGGGAUUAUGUUGGAAAGAUCCUGUGGAUUGCAAUUCACGAAAACAAGUUAAGGUGAAACCUAGGGAAAGAACCGCACUUCAUAGUACGGAGAAAGCAAUUGCGAGAGAACUAGCUGGAAGGGUCUUGAAACAGGCCAUUAUGGCAGUGAAUAACACCCCAGUAGACAACCCUUUGAUUGCGUUUGAUGAGACGUUUACCAUGGACGAAGACCGUGAUGACCUUGGAUUGUUUUCUGGGCUGUCAGAGAGAUCGUCGCAAAAUAGUUGCUUUCCUGUGCGAAAUAUUAUACUUACCCAAAAGACAGAAAAUUUCGACACCACGAUAGGUACACCUUUGGAAUCAGCACUGAAAUCCGUUCCUUCAGAUAUAGCAUCAAGUUGCAGUGGGGCGUUGCGGGUUAACUCAGAGACGGAAUACGUCCACACUGAGGUUGACAUGAACUCAUCAAAGUUUUAUGCCGAACAAGAUUGGUCUGAGGAAGUUAAAACGCCUCGAGUUAGAUCCAAGCAUUCAGCAAACGCUGUAGAAGCAUUCCAGGUAAACGAACCCCUUGGGCGUCAGCAAGCAACAGAGAAUAUUCAAGAGGGUGCAAAGUCCUCACAAAAUGCAUUAUUGCCGUUUGGUUUGGGCCCCGUACCACCUCAUGAGGAGCUCAAUCUCCUCAGCGUAGAUGGGCCCAAUGACAAGCCAGAAAAUUCGAUUGGUGCCGGAACUCAGACUUAUCCUGUAAUGCAAAAGACUAACGUCACACUGGGAGGUUUGCAUCCAAACAUCAUUGAUCCUCAAGUUAAAGCAGGGGGGUUAUCUUGCUCAUUUAAUGGAACGCGAGAUCAACACAUGAUUGAUAAACCAAGAAUGUCAAUACACACAUCUGUGGACUCCAGUGUCAACCCACUACAAUUUAUACGCCUCUACGUUAAUCUCAAGGCGCGUGCCUCGUGGGACGAAAGCACUUCUCCUUGUCCAGUAGUAAUAGACACCCAGAUGACGACCUCUUCCCCACCCCAACUCGAUAUUGGAAAUUCUACUGGGUCCUCACUGGAAAGAUUGGCAAGUACUGUUUGUACGGAAUGA